AUGGUGAGUGGGAUAAGCAUAGGUGUUUUAGUUACAAAGUUUAUACUUGACCUUUCCGUAGUGACAAUUGGCGUGUUUGGAGUCUUCUCGAUGUUUUAUUUCAAAAUCGAGACCAAGUCGAAUAUGAAAGGGUAUGUAGUUGUUGUAAUGCUUUUAAACAUAUUCAGCUGUUUACAAGUGAUUUUUUCCACUAUAUAUCUUGCUCAAGAAAACCAAAAUGUGUGCAACUUUGAAGCCGCCUUUAUCAACUUUGUCCAAUACGCGCAGUUAUUAUGGUUACUGACUACCGCCGUCGAAUUUCUGCUUGCACAAAUGGAGUUGGUAGUCAAAAGUGUUAAGCGUAGUCUUGUAACCCAUGUUGUCAUCUGGACGUUCUGUUUCUGUAUUUCCAUUCCGGUCUAUAUGAAGCCAUGUGCUCUUGAAUUUGCUACAUGUGUUCCGACGACGAAUGGUAUUCGAUGGGGAGUGUGUAUAGUUCCCGAAUUUAUUAUGUGUUUUUUGAUCAUUGGUGUGUCAUGUGCAAUGUUUGUUCACAAGUCGAUGCAGUACACUGGACUUAUAUCGUUUAUAACGUUUUGGACUCUACGAGACGGAGAGACACAAGAGAUCGCAAAGAACGCGUUGCUCAAUAGUUUGUUUUAUAUUGUUUUGGGACUCACAGAGAUGCAAACCCCAUUCACUUUGAUGUUCCAAAGAGUGUUACCCACACCUAUUUCAGUGAUUAAAACAUUGUUUUUGGCAUCUACAGACGCUUGGUGCUGUUUGGUUACAGUCAUCUACUUCAGUUAUUUGUUCGGAUUUUUACAUCAGUGGCAAACCAUCGUCAAAAAUUUCGAGAAGAAAAGAAACAGCGCAACAGACCUCGAAAAUAUCCACUUGCUUUAA